UUUUAUUUAUUUAUUUAUUUAAAUAUGCAUAUCGGGGCAUCUUGAACCCACCCCAACUCUGAUGCGGGCUGCCCCGAACUGGGAUUGAAAAAAGAUUUUCAUUCGUGGGACGAUUUUGUAAAAAGGGUGCCUAUCCCGCCCCCGCACCAUUGACAUCCCUAGAAUUUUUUUUUUUUUGUUGACAUCCCUAGAAUUUUUUUUUUUGUUGGAUAAUCCGGGUAUCCGAGGCUUCGCCCUGACUAAUUUCCGAGGACCCAGGAAGGGUGCCUCCCGACCGUAAGUCGUUGAGUAUGACAUCGCUAGAUAUUGCCAUCAAGUAAACUCAUGAAACUGAUUCUGUGCAUUCUUUGAUUAUCCUUUUGUCCUUGAAGAUCAGUUUGAACCACCAAUCCAUCCAUGAUAAAUUCAUGUGCUAAAAUGUUGUUGUUUGGGAAGAAGAAGAAUUUCCACCAUUUAAAGUCGCAUAUAUCAAAACCUAUAAUAAGUCUCACUUGAGUCGAUUUUCUAUUCAGUGGUAUCCUACAAGCGGCUCAGGAGCAAGCCAGGAAAAAUAAAUUUCAGCUAGAAACACAAACAAAAUACACACAAUACAACAAAAACUUACCUCAUACAUAUUUAUAUUAUAAAAUAUUCUGUGUUUGUCUCACAAAACAAGGACUAUUGAAUAAGUUUCUGUCUGGUUGUCCAAGUCAUUACAGUUUUCCCGGCAAACUGGAGAAUUAUGCCUUUGAAAUCAUAGUGAGAACUCAAUUUGAGAUAGAUGGUGAGGAAGCAAUAGGAAUGUAGUUGUAUACAUUGAAGUUGAAGCAGCGUCUACGGAACCAAACAUUAGUUGUCUGUGUCAUACAUAACUUACCGGGCUCUCUCAGGAACUUGAUCCCUCGCCACAAGAUUCAAAUCAUAGUGGGAACUCAAUUUGAGAGAACACAAUUGGAAUGCAGUUCAUGUAUAUAUAUACCUAUAUCUAUCCAAGGACCAUAGUGUGCCUACUCAUUCACAUUAUCAUUAUUCAUAGCCGCAACAUUUACUCCGCAAUAUUCAGUUAGUAAACAAUGGGUUUUACACUCAAUUGGAAGCUAAUUUGUGCAACUUUGUUAAUUUUGGGGAUGGGAAUUUCUGAAGUCACAUCCCGCACCCUGACUGAAGUGUCCAUGAUUGACAGACAUGAGCAAUGGAUGGUUCGUUAUGGAAGAGUUUACAAGGACAAUGUAGAAAAAGAACUGCGCUUUCAAAUCUUCAAGGACAAUAUGGAGUUCAUCGAAUCUUUCAACAAUGCUGGUACCGAGUCUUACAAGCUAGGCAUCAAUGAAUUUGCUGACCUAACUAAUGAGGAGUUUCAGGCUUCUCGUAAUGGUUUCAAGAUGUCCUCCAAUUUGAAGUCAUCUAAAACGACUUCGUUUAGGUAUGAAAAUGUGACUACAGUUCCAGCUAGCAUGGAUUGGAGAAAGAAAGGAGCAGUUACUCCCAUUAAGGAUCAGGGUCAAUGUGGAUGUUGCUGGGCAUUUUCAGCAGUGGCAGCCAUGGAAGGGAUUAACCAGCUCACAACAGGUAAAUUGAUCUCAUUAUCUGAGCAAGAACUCGUGGACUGCGACACAAGUGUAGAUCAAGGUUGUGAGGGUGGCCUAAUGGAUGAUGCCUUUGAAUUCAUAAUACAAAACAAUGGACUCACUACUGAAGCCAAUUAUCCAUAUGAAGGAGUUGAUGCAACUUGUAAAACUAAGAAAGCAGCUGCAGCAAAGAUUACCGGCUAUGAAGAUGUGCCUGCCAAUAGUGAGGCGGCAUUGUUGAAGGCUGUGGCCAACCAACCCGUAUCUGUUGCCAUUGAUGCUAGUGGAUCUGACUUCCAAUUCUACUCAAGUGGCGUUUUUACUGGAGCUUGCGGGACUGAAUUAGACCAUGGCGUUACGGCAGUUGGAUAUGGGACAAGUGCUGAUGGUACCAAGUAUUGGCUAGUCAAGAAUUCGUGGGGUACUAGCUGGGGCGAUAGUGGAUAUAUUAUGAUGGAAAGAGACAUUGCUGCUAAGGAAGGCAUUUGUGGCAUUGCCAUGGAAUCUUCCUAUCCGACUGCUUAAAUAGCAAAAUAGUGGGUGGAUCCUCGAUCGUCUUGAGUUCUCUUAGGAACUCAGUGGUUUCACCUUGCUUACUAUCUAUGCUGUGUAUUACUCGUUCUGGAUCUUGUAGUGCAGUUCCUAUGUAAA